AUGAGUAGCCUCCCGACUAAGCGCGCGGCCGAGGAUGCCGACGACGCACCGGACGCCAAGCGCCCGGCCCGGGAGCCGGUCGCGCCCGAGCACGACACGGAUGCCCUGGUGGCCCGGCGCAUUGUGGCCCAUCCGGAUGUGUCGGUGAAGCGCCUGCCGCGCGGGCUGUUCAGCGCCAACAUCUCCGACCAGGCCUUCUAUGACGCGCGGUUCGAUGACGACAGCGUGCGCGCGCGGGGGCUCUUCCUGCGCGGGCCCGCCGGGCAUGCGGACCCAGACCCGGCCGCCGGUGACGAUGGCGACGAUGGCGACGACGACGACGACGACGACGACGAGGGGGUCCCGGGGCCCGGGCAGGGCGGCAAGGACCGCGCCCGGCACCAGGCCCAACAGCGGCGGCUGAAGGCCGCCCUGGCCGGGGGGCCGGCCGGCGACGGCGCCCCGGUGGCGGCCGGGCCGCUUGUGGUGGCCGGGCGCGGGUACGCCAAGUUCUUCUAUGAGAAUGAGGCGCGGGUGCCGUUCAUGCGCACGGCCGCGCUGGAGGCCCGGCUGCGCUUCCCCUGCCGCGUGUUCGAGAAGGCCAACGGCUUCCUGGGGGUGUCCUUCGCGGUGAGCCGGCCGGUGGAUGCGGCCGGGCUGGCAUCGGUCGCCGAGCUGGAAGCCGCGGAUCGGGCCCUGGCCCGGGCGGCCGGCCAGGCGCCGCUGGUGGCCGACGGGGCGGAUGCCCAGCCGCCGGAGGAGCCCUUCUUCCUGGAGACCACCAGCAAGUCCACCACGGUGGGGCCGUUUGCCGAGCGCUUUCGCGAAUUGCUGCACCGCGCGCUGCUACGCGCCGGCCGGAGCCUGGCCGAGUAUACGCGACAGCUGGCGGCGCUCGGCUGCUCGGCGGUCUUCGAGGUGGUCGACCCCCAGCGGGACCCGCACAUCAUCGACUAUGAGACGGACGCCUAUGCGGCGGCCGGGCUGUCCGAGGGCCAUGUGGUGCUGCUGGACCUGAUCGGGAAUUCGCUGGGCGAGUGGGCCGGGCUGCGGCCGGGGUUCGACGCGACGCGGCGCUUCGGCGAGACCUUCGGCCUGCGGGUGAAGGCCCCGCUUGCGACGUUGCACACCUGGCCGGAGUAUGUGGCCUUCUCCCGGCGGGCGGCCGAGGACUAUGGCCUGCGGGUGGCCCUGGCCCCGGGGGCCGGGCUGCGGCCGGGGUGUCUGGAUCCCGGCUCGGAUGCGGCCGCGGCCCGGGGCCUGGAGGCCCCGAUCGAGGGGUUCGUCCUGGAGGACGCGGCCGGCUUCAUGGUCAAGGUCAAGUCCCGGUACUAUGUGGCGUGGAAGCGCGCGCGGGACCUGCUGCAGGCGGGGUGCGGCGAUGGGGGCGGCGUGGCGCGCGGCCAGGCCGCCCUGCGCCGGGCCCCGCCGCUGAUCCAGUCCUUCAUCCGGUGGUACCGGGCCAGUGCCGGCGGGGCGCUGGGCGAGGAGGCCCGGCGGCCGGAGAACGUGGCGCUGGCGGGGGCUCGGCUGGCGCGCGGCUUUGCCGAGGGCGAGGGGCCGCCCCUGCCCCGGCGAGUGCUCUCGCUGGUGCAGCUCCGGCGACUCUUCUACCAGGCGACUGGGCUGAGCGACGAAUCGCCGCUGGAAGCUGAGGCGGCCCAUGGCCAGGCCUCGCGUCCCGUGCGGCUGGUGCUGUGCACGGCCCCGUCGGUCCCCUUUGCCACGGCAUACGCCGAGCGCGGGGUCGAGCAGCUAGCCGCCGAGGGGACGCCGGCGCGGUCCGGGCUCUAUGUUUCGGCCCGUGUGGCGGAUCUGGUGCGCGACCUGGUGGCCCUGUCGCAAGCGGCCGGGCCCGGCCCCGAGCCGGGUCCGGCCGUGCUGCUGGCCGUGGUCCGGCCCUUCGAUGUGGCCACGGUGGUCGGGAAGCUGCUUCUGUCACUCGGGCAGGCGCCCCUGCGUCCGGCCUCGAAUGAGUCGCUCUUCCUGCUGCACGACCUGAGUGUCCUGUGCCUGGAGGUGGCCGACGCACAGGCCCUCCACCAGGCGUGGCCGGCGGAUGUCGCGGCCAGGGCGCCUCCAGGGCGCAUGGCCACCUUCUUCCCGGACUACAGGGCCAUGCUCGAGCGGGGCCUGGAUCGUCUGGGCGGCGCGGCCGCCGCGGCGGCCGGGGCCAUUCCCCCUUCGUGCCUCCCCCGGCAGAGGAUAGCCUGGCUGACGUGCCCGGAGGCGGUUGGCCCGGGGGAGGCCGAUGUCGAGGUGGCCCGGCAGGCCGUCCGGCACCUGUGCAGCACGGCCGGCCCGACGCAGGUAUCCACCCACUUCGAGGACUUCGUGCACGCGGUCGCGGGUGACCCGCUUGCCCUGCUCCAGCAUAUGUCGUACUUGAGUGGGAAUGGUCUGCUGUCCGGGGCCCAGGCGGCGGCGCUGGCCCGGGCGGCCGAGGACCGGAGCUCGCGGCGCGCCGCGGCCGGGCGCCCCCUGUGUAUUGUGAUGUUCUGUGGCAUCCCCGGGAUUGGAAAGUCCACGCUGGCUCGGUGCCUGGAGGCAGCAUUGCCGGAGGCGGUGGACCGGCCGGACUUCCGGGUGGUGCGCCUGAGCCAGGACCUGCAUGCCGGGGACAAGCGGGCCUUUUUCCGGGCCCUGCGCGAGCAUGCCGAGGGCGGGACCGAUGUGGUCAUCGUGGAUCGCAAUAACCAGACGCCCUUCCACCGGCUGGAGCCGGUGCUGCACAUGACUGCCGGGCUGGGCCGGCCGUGGCGGGCGGUCCUUGUCCGGCCCGGGCCCGCGCUGCUGCUGCUGCCGCCGGGGUCGGAGGACUCGGAGCCGGGGCCGGCCGCGCCGCUGCUGGCGCUGGCCCUGGCGCGCAUUGGCCCGCGGGUGGACCCGGAAAACCGCAGCCUCGACUCGCUGGACGGCCGGCAGCGGGAGGACAUCGUCCGGCGGUUUUUCGAGGAGUUCGUGCAGCCGGCCGGGCCGGGGCUCGACCACCGGGGCCCUGACGGGGGCCGGCGGCCGGCGGGGGUCCUCCUGCGGGAGGUCCGCCAGGCCAAUGCGGAUGCCCUGCUCUUUGACCAUGUGCUGGAUGUGGACUAUGGGGCUGGGUCCGGGGGCGCGGCGCUGGAGCGCACCCUGGGCCGGCUGCUGGCCGACCUGGCCCGGUGUGUCGGGCCGGAUGUGGGCCUGCGGCCGGGGGCGGCGCCGGAUGGCGGGCUCCUCCGCCGGGCGGUGGGGCCGGUGCUGCCGGCGGCUGGCCCGGCCCGGGGGCCCGACCCUGGGGCCGGGGCCUUCCCGGCCGUGGCCCGGUACAUGCAGCGGUACUACCGGGAGCAGGGCCCGGGGCGACUGGCGCGGGCGGACCUGCCGGUCUUCGUGCAGAUCCUGCCCGACCACCGAGCCAUGGGGCUGCUGUCGGGGCUCUUUGCCCGGCACCGGGGCGCGCUGGACCCGGCCGGGCGCCUGGCCGUGGACAAGACCGACCUGCAUGUGACGCUGGCCUUUCUCAAGGGCCGGGUGCCGGAGGCCGGCAGCCGUGCCUUCCGCGUGCUCCAAGCCCUGGAGGAGUGGUGCGCGGCGGGGCCCGGGGCGCCGGCCGACCGGGGCCAGGCCUGGCAGCCGGUCCGGGUGGACUUCACGGUGGUCGGGCUGCUGACCGACCGGCGGACAUGCUGCUUUGUGGUGCGGCUGCCGGAGCCGCUGCAGCGGUGCUGGCGGCACUCGGGCCCGGGCCCGGAGCCGUCAUCCCGGGCGCCGCACAUCACCAUGGCCCUGGCGGCCGGGGUGGACCCGGCCGAGGCCGGCCUCUCGGCCGGGCGUUUCGUCGAGCUCCUCCGGGCCGGUGACGCCGAGGCCAUCGAGGCCCAGGGGCUGCACUUCAUCCGGGCGGAGGAGCUGUGCCCGGAGGCCGACCGGCCGGGCUGGCUGCGGCCGGGCCCGGGCCUGGCCCUGCGCGGGCACCUGGCCCCCGGGCCGCUGCCGUGGCGCCGGUGAGGCCGCCAUGGUGUCUUUUUGGAAUAGACCGGCCUCUUCGG